AUGGCGUCUUCUUCUCGUAUUUAUCGAGUGCAUCACAAACACUUAUCGAAUCAUCAUAAAUUUGAAAUUGACAAUGGCACUGAUGAGAUAGUGUAUACUGUUCGUUUGAAUCCAUUAUCAUUAGCCGAUAAACUGUCUCUUUGUGAAGCAUCAACUGGCAAAGAAUUAAUUAAAAUACGUGAGCAAGUCCUUCAUCUUCAUUUAGUAUAUGAUAUUUCAGCAGUAAGUGAAAACGGAGACAAUGAUCGACAUUUGGGAACAGUUAAAAGAACUCAUGGUGAGCAUCAUUUUCAAAGUGUAGUUGAAGUAGAAUCAAUUUAUGGCGUAUACAAAGUGGAACGUCUCGGCAAUGUUUUCGGUCAUGAAUUUAAAGUAACAACGGGUGGCAAGACUGUGGCCGAUGUAACUGAGAAUACUAAACUUCUGCGUGACUCAGAAUUGUACUUUGUCGAAAUUAGUGAUGAUGAUGGUGGAGAUGUAUUUUUGUUGGCACUUGUGUUUGUGGUUUGGUAUACACAGAAAUGGCGUCAUAUGUAA